AUGGCUGCAGUCACCGGUAGCAACAAGCCCGCUCGGCGCCGCGGUAAGAGAAACAAGAAAGGUGGUCGUCCUGCUGCUGGCAACCAACGCGACACCAAUAUUUCGGCCACUACUAUGACCAAUAGUAACGCCACUCACAUUCAGCCUUUCCAGAGAUACAAUGCUGGUCACGCUGCCGCUAUCGCCGCCAUACGUUGUCCCGGCGAGACCAUCAGCCACAACACUCAUUACGGCGCAGUCCCCUUCCGCCAGAACAAUGUUCCCGCCCAGCGCUCAACCGAAGCUCAACGCCCGACUCAGGGUGGCUCUGGUCUCUCCAACACACACGAGUCGAUGAGCGACUCGAAUUGCGGCGACGCAACUUCCUCGGCAUCUGGCGGCAGGUCCUGCGAUGUUGGCAACGACAAUGAGGUUGAGAUGGAAUGGACGUGA